GCAGUUCAACCGCCGCCACCACCGCCCCAGGAAAAAGGGGCUCGUCGUGUCAUCCACCGGCUCCCGGUUUGCCUACCAGUUGCCGGCCCAUGAGGUAUUGUGGCAAUGUUUGCGGUCUGGAGCAACGGUUUACUUCCAUCCUAAAUUGCCCCCGUCGAUUAUGGGCUGUAUUGGCUCCAAAACCCCCAUCGUGGCUGUGGACAAUACGCUGCACGUGGAGUGGAACGAGGCAAAAACCUUGCCUGCCCUCUCGUCCUUGGGCCACACUCGGACCUCACUGGUGCGCAGGUUGGUUCGUCAGAGCUCUGUGGACAGCCAGGACUUCCUUGAGGUCAAUGUAGAAGACACCAUCGAAAUGCUACCCAAGUCCCGGCGAGCGCUGACCAUUCAAGAAAUUGCAGCCCUCGCUCGAUCUUCCUUGCAUGGUAUUUCCCAGGUGGUGAAGGACCAUGUGACCAAGCCCACCGCCAUGGCGCAAGGCAGAGUGGCCCACCUGAUCGAGUGGAAGGGGUGGUGCAAACCUAUCGAUUCUCCUGCGACUUUGGAAAGCACCUUCAACUCCUAUUCGGAUCUCAGUGAAGGAGAGCAGGAGGCCAGGUUUGCUGCAGGUGUAGCCGAACAAUUUGCCAUCGCUGAGGCCAAACUCAGAGCCUGGUCAUCGGUGGAGGGGGACGACUCCAAUGAUGAGUCUUACGAAGAGGAUUUUCCGGCUUCCAGUGAAACUGCCCAGGUAGCUGACACAGUGGGCCAGCUGCCCCCCAACGCCCUCUUGAAGGGCUUCCUGCACAGCCGCCUCUGCCACCUGAACUCCCGACAAGGUUCUUGCGACCCAGAAAGUGAUUCCUCUCAGUCCACCAUCUCCCCGGAGACCUUGUGCUCCAGUCUCUGCAGCCUUGACGACAGCUUCCUUCUCAAGGAGUUGGGCACCCCUUCUGAACUUGCCGCCAAACUGCUGGGCUCCGUCUCCGGCGGGGAGGACACGCUGAUUUCCAAGUUGCCCACACAGACUGCCGGAGAAUGUGCCUUCCGGAGCCUGGCGCAACUCGAGUGCCAGGACUCUAUGUACUCCAUGUCCUUCACCGAGUCCUGCCUCUCGCCCGCGGAGGAGGAGCCAGAGGGCCUUCCAUCCAAGGACUACAAAGUCCACGGGGACAGCUGCCAGGUCCGGAGAAAAGUCUCCGAUGUGGCCUCCUCCGGCGUAGUGUCGCUCGACGACAACGAAGACGAUGAGGUCGAAGAAGAGCCGGACGCUGAAGAGCCGUGAAUCCCCUUCUGUUCCGUGGCAUGCUUCACCUGCCAUUUUUGCCCCGCUCCGUGGCACCUUUUGUCCACCCAGCUCCACGGCCCAUCAGUUGUUUCAGCGGGAUGGUUCCACCCUCCCCCUUUUUGGGGGAUGAAGGGAGGCAGCAUGGGCAGGCAUGGCGGGUUCGAAAGCUCCCCUCCCAGGCCUUCCUGAGCUCUACCGUGCCAUCCAACGCCGCCAUUUUAAGCCUCAGGAGCCUGCUUAACGGCUUUGUGGGUUUUGCCUGCUGCAUUUGAUCUCUCUUUCUCUCUCGUGGCCUGUUUUGUUUCCUUU